CACCAACCGAGCUUCUUCCCAACCUUCAUACGAGAGACGAUCGAUUUUAACGCGCGCCCGGCGAUAUAAUUGACCCGUCGAGGAAGGCAUCGUUAUCAUUAGGCUUUAGGCUUCAGGCUUCAGGCCAAUCGCCCAACAUGCCGGAAGCCGAUAUAGUUGCCGUAGCGCAGGGCGCAGGCAACAACUCAAGUGACUUUGUUCGCAAGCUAUAUAAGAUGUUGGAGGAUCCGGCCUACAGCGAGGUAGUACGGUGGGGCAAUGAAGGCGACAGCUUUGUCGUCCUCGAGAAUGAGAAAUUUACCAAGACCAUACUACCAAAACAUUUUAAACAUAGUAACUUCGCGAGUUUUGUUCGGCAACUUAAUAAAUACGACUUCCACAAAGUACGGCAUAAUGAAGAGAAUGGACAAUCUCCAUAUGGCGCAUCUGCAUGGGAAUUCAAACACCCCGAGUUUCGAGCUGAUAGGAAAGAUAACCUUGACAAUAUCCGACGAAAAGCCCCAGCACCUAGGAAGGCUCAGGCCGCGGAGGAACAGUUCGGGGUUUCUAACCAACAGGUUCUCGUUCUUAGCGAAACCCUCGCUGCUACACAACAGCAGGUCCAACAACUCCAAGAAUCAUAUCACGAGAUCGUGAAUGCGAACAAGAUCUUCGUAGACGAAAUACUCCAUCUACAGAAGCUGGUUCGCGCACAAAACCAGGUACACAACGAGCUUAUCAACCACUUAAACAAGGCCGAACAGGAAAGGAAAGACAGUCGGAACCAAGGUCACUCAACCGGAUACACCUCUAACACUUCGAAUCUCUUGUCAGAUGGCUCCGAGUCGCCUCUCGAGCUGCGCCGCGCCCGUGACAUUCUAAACAGCCUCCAGGUAGAUCAUGUUGCAGACCGGGAUUUAAACCGCAUGUCUGUUCAACUACACCAAGUAGGUGGCUCUCCCGAAUCUGCUGGCUCUUCGGGGAUGAUGGGACCGCCUGGUGUGGGUGGCGUAAAUCCAUUCCUGCAUGACCCUUUGAAUGACAUGCGACACCUUGUGUACCCUGUUGGACAAACGGUAGGCAUAGAUCCCUUCGCUGCUGAGCACAUCAACAACCUUCCGUAUAACCGGCCUGUCCAGGAGAAUGCGAUGGGUCCUAGCCACGAAUUUAAUGGCCCUUCCAUGCAUUCGCAAACCCCGCCGGGAGCUGCAUCGCAAAAUGGUUCGCCUUGGGGGUCGAAAAAGCCAGUCGUCCUCCUCGUGGAAGAUGAUAGAACGUGCUCUCGAAUUGGCUCUAAAUUCCUUGCCCAGUAUGACUGUGGUGUAGAGAUUGCACGCGACGGUCUCGAAGCUGUGAAUAAAGUCAAUGCGAAACAGCAUUACUACGACUUGAUUUUCAUGGAUAUCAUCAUGCCGCAGUUGGAUGGUGUCUCAGCAACUGCUAUGAUUCGCGAAGUGCAACCUAAUACGCCAAUUAUCGCCAUGACUUCCAACAUCAACCAGCAAGACCUCGAGACAUACUUCCAUUGGGGAAUGCGAGACGUCCUUGCUAAACCAUUUACCAAGGAGGGCAUGAUUGGGAAGUUGAGGAAGCACCUUGCCAACUUCCUACGGAAUCCUCCACAGGAGAGUAUGAUGGAUUCAAUGUAUCCAAAUGGUGGCCAGGGCCAACCACCGACGCCUGGACCAUAUUCGAACCAGGGUAUGGGCAUGGCGCCGUUGUCUGCAACGUCAUCUGGUGCUGUCGGGAAAUUUGACACCACUCCGAUACAGUCGCCAGCGACAAGUGCUUCGUGGCAUUCUCCGGGUCAGAUGCCGCAUGCUUCGCCAACGAUGGGCCAGGACCAAGGGUACCUAGGUGCUGGUAGCGGUUCACAAAUGGUACUAACGCCAGGUGGAACUCAGAAACCGCAGUACGCAAAUACGAUGAUACCCCAGAUGGGCGUGCCCCCUCAGCAAAGGAUGCCUGACGGCAUGCAACGCUCGGAAGGACCGCCGGAGAAGCGACAGCGAUUAUAUACGUCACAGGGGAAUUAUAACCAAUGACGGCUUCCUCGGUAAUCUCGCAUCGAUAUCUUGAUUCCAACUUGUAUAUAUCCUAGCACAUGUUUGGUUAUUUUGCUAUUUGCUAUAAGGCCGGCUCAAAUACGGA